UUUGUGUAUGGGUGGUCCCGGGGAUCGAACCCACUACGUUGGCGUUACAAGCGCCGUGCUCUACCAGCUGAGCUACUUUCAGGCUUAGGAUGAGGACUGGCAGGACUGACAUUACUCACCAUCAGCUGGCCUGAAAGUGAUCCACAGUUACAGCAGUGAACUGUAAUAUUUAGGACACAUAACUGCAAGGGACUUCCUUCACCUGGAGACUGCUGAUGUUGGCCUUUUAGAGAUUGUCACUGUUUUUACCUACCUGCGUUGAGCAGUAUAUCAAAACUACUCCAGGAGAUGAUUUUUUAAAUGUUUGACUAAAAUAAAUCAAAAGUAAUAAAUGUUGAAGAACUUUAAUUAUAUCCAGGAAUUAGUUGGAAACCAUAUCCAUGGUGGAUGUCCGUGGAGAGUAUGUGGAAGUGGAGGGGAGGCCAAUUCAUUGUCAUGUAAUUCAUACAGACUUUAUAGCUUUAAUCGGCCAACCAGUCAAAUGCUACACAGUUGCUACUGAGUUUUUUCAGUCAUUAUCUGCUGGCCUUGCAGUCUAUCCAUGACAUUUCGCUUUAGCACGGUCGCUACCUUGUCCUGUAUAGCAAGCUCAGCCACAACUGGGGAGCAGCCAAGUCCCUAUCUAAUCUGUAAAUGUUUCACAAUGCCUACACUUUGCCCUACACUUAUUCGGCCAAUAGUAAAAGCACUUGUGUAAGGAGAGGCACACUCCUCACUUCACAACCUGAAUGGCUACAACUUUUAGGAAUAAUCUGUAACAAAACUGGAAUGACAAGCACAGGUACUGGAUUCUUUACAAUCCAAUAAGAGGGAGAGGAGUUUGUUUCCACAACGAUAACACUGUGGUCUGGUCUCCGUGGAGAUGGCCUGGGGUCUGGUUUCCAUGACAUUAAGGGCUCUGGUGCCGGUGGUGAUUCUGCUCUGGACUUUCACAUCCACAGAUGGGGAAGACAUCCAUGUAACCUGUCUGUUCUCAGAGGAUUGUGUCCUGGCCUGCAGAUUCCACCCUGGCAGUGAGGAAGUAAUCCACUGGCUGAAACUAGGACAGGAACUGACCGUCCACUCCUACUACUACAGUACAGAUCAGCUCAAACAGCAGAGCCAGCGUUACAGAGGGAGAACAGCCCUGUUCAAUGACCAGAUCCCCAAAGGAAACGCUUCACUACUGCUGAGAGGACUCACACUCCAGGACCAGGGCAGAUACAAGUGUUACACCAGCACUAUUAAAGGCAACAAGGAGUCCUUCAUUAACAUGGCAGUGGAGGUGUCG